UUGGCAAGAAUUAAAUUAUACAAAAUUUACAAAAAUGUCUUUACUUUUAACAUCACGCUUAUCUCUCUACAAAAAGACUUCAUUCAGACUUAUACGCAACCCCAUCAGGUUCUUCGGCCUUCACACAGGCAAAUAUGAGCAAUAUUUGAGAAUGAACCAGAAAAAGGAAACUUUAAGAGAACUUGAACUAGGAUUAGCAACAGUGCAGAGAAGAUUUAUGAGCCAACAAAUCACCAGGUAUGGAGAUCUUGAGAUGGUCAGGUCUACCGGUGAAUACAACAAGGAAAGGAAGUUUUUGAGGAUGAAAGACAUCACUUCAGAGAUGGAAGGUCAAACUGUUAAACUUAGAGCAAGAGUUCACAGAACAACUGGAAAGGGCAAGGCUGUCUUCUUGAUCCUUAGAGAAAAUUUCUCAACAAUGCAAGCUUGAAUGUUCUCAAAUGAUGUUGAACAAGAAAUGCUUGAUUAUACCAGAAGAAUUCCAAAAGAGUCUAUUGUAAUUAUUGAAGGAACAGUCCAAGUCCCUCAUAGGCCAAUUAAAAAGUGUACUGAGCAAGUAGAAAUACUAAUAAAUGGAAUCUGGAACCAGCAUUCCUCUCUUCCUCGUCUCCCAUUGAAUUUAGAUGAUGCUUCAAAUAUUGUGAGAGACCAAACUCUUGAAGACGAUCUUAUCCCUGAAAAUCAAAAAGUAGGCAAGAAAAAGAAAAAGGGUAGACAAUCCAUUGUAGUCGGACAGAACACCAGACUUAACAAUAGAAUACUAGAUUUAAGAGUCCCUGCAAACCAAGCUAUCAUGAGAAUUAGUGCGGGAAUUUGAAGAUUCUUUAGAGAAUAUCUUCAAGACAAUGAUUUUGUUGAGAUUCAUUCACCGAAACUUAUCGGAGGAACAUCCGAGGGAGGCUCUGAGGUAUUUAGACUCGACUACUUUGGUUCAGAUGCCUGCCUUGCUCAAUCCCCACAAUUAUAUAAACAGAUGGCAGUAGUCUCAGAUUUUGAGAGGGUCUUUGAAAUUGGGCCAGUUUUUAGAGCAGAGAAUUCACUCACUCCAAGACAUUUGUGAGAGUUUACUGGUCUUGAUCUUGAAAUGUCAUUUGAUGACCACUAUUUUGAAGUUGUUGACUUGAUAAGUGAGAUGUUCGGUUAUAUAUUUGAAAGACUCAAUGAAAAAUACAGAAGAGAGAUAGAUGCAGUCCAACAGCAAUAUCCUUUCAAAGAAUUUAUUUUUAAACCAAAUGUUCCCAAAAUUAAGUUUACAGAUGCUUGUGAAAUUCUGAAAAAGGCAGGAUUCCAUCAAGAUCCUCUUAAAGAUUUAGGAACUGAGAACGAAGAGAAGUUAGGAAAAAUAGUCAAAAAGAAAUAUAAGACUGAUUUCUUUAUCGUCUACAAUUAUCCUGCUGAGGCAAGACCAUUUUAUUCAAUGAUUAAUCCAAAUGAUCCUGAAUAUACGAAUUCAUACGACUUUUUCAUGAGAGGUCAAGAGAUAUUAUCAGGAGCUCAAAGAAUUCAUGAUCCAGAGAUGUUAGCAGAAAGAGCAAUUGUCAAAGGAAUCCAACCAGAAACUAUCCAGGACUACAUUGAUUGCUUCAAAUACGGAGCAUAUCCUCAUGCUGGUGGUGGUAUUGGACUUGAGAGAGUUUUGAAGCUCUUUCUGGGGAUCCAUAAUAUCAGAAAAUGAUCAAUGUUUCCUAGAGAUCCAAAGAGACUGACACCAUAAAUGGCCGAUCUUUAAUAUCAUAUCCAUGAAUUCGAUCUA